CCAGCGGCGCGGGUGCCAUGACGACGACGACCACCACAACCAGCAAUGGGCGCCAGACCGGCCCUCAGAUCUCCGUGUACAGCGGGAUCCCCGAUCGCCAGACCGUCCAGGUGAUCCAGCAGGCCUUGCAUCGGCAGCCCAACACGGCGGCCCAGUACCUCCAGCAAAUGUACGCCGCCCAGCAGCAGCACCUGAUGCUCCAGACAGCCGCCCUGCAGCAGCAGCACCUCAGCAGCACCCAGCUCCAGAGCCUGGCUGCUGUCCAGCAGGCCAGCCUGGCAGCCAACAGGCAGAAUGGCUCCUCUAGCAGCAAUGGCUCCGCGCAGACGCCGCCCCAGCAGCCCACGAUAAACCUGGCCACUUCUCCAGCUGCUGCCCAGCUUAUUAACCGGGCUCAGAGCGUGAACUCCGCAGCUGCAGCCUCUGGCAUCGCCCAGCAAGCUGUCCUGUUGGGCAACGCAAGCAACCCCGCCCUGACUGCUAGCCAGGCCCAGAUGUACCUGCGUGCGCAGAUGGCUCAGCAGAGCAACCUUGUGCAAGUAGCUAGGAGCCUAGGCCGUGCUGUUCCUUUGUCCCCCCAGCUCAUCUUCACGCCCACAGCCACGGUCGCUGCGGUGCAGCCGGAGGGCGCCACCCCUACCACUCAGCCAUCCACCACCACCGCUCAGGUACAGAAUUCGGCUCUGCGCAGCCAGCAGACGGUGACCCAAGGGUUGACUCCCUCGCCGGGCCAGCAGCUCCCUACUUUGGCCAUGAAGCCCGCCCCAAACAACAAUGGCAACCCUUCUGCUUCUUCAGCCUCUCAGGGCAAGGCUGCGGGGCUGGCCCCUGGCACCAAGGGGGGCAUGUCCGAGCAUGCGCAGGAACACCUUCGGAAAGGAGAAGGGGGCGGCGGAGGUGGCGGCAAUGGGGCAGCCGGCGGCCCGGAUGGACGGGGGAACGCUGGCACCCGGACAGUGACGCCCGUCACAACUCACCCGCUCAUUGCCCCAGCCUACUCUCCGCUGCAGGCCCACCAGCUCGUCCAGCAGAAGCCGAUGCAGCACCAGUUCGUGAUCCAGCAGCAGCAGCUCCAGCCCCGGCCUCAGCUGCACCCGCCCCAGCUCCAGGCCAUGCCGGCUCCAGGCCUCGGCUCGUCACCUGGCUUGCAGGCCCAAGCCCACCCACAAAGCCAGCCUCCGCUCGCUCACCAGCCGCAGUGCCAUGCCUCCGGCCAACACAAGCCCGGCAGCAACCAGAUGCCCCAACACUCCGCGCACCCCUCCCUCACCCCGGCAGCGGGGCAGCAGAGGGCAGAGGGCAGUCCGCCUGGCCGCCCCACCAGCUGCCUGAACCACCCGGCCCAGCGCAAAUUCCAGCACGCCUCGGCGGUCAUUCUGCAGCUGCAGCCCCCUGCGGGGACGCCCCAGGACAAUUCCAGGAAAGACGCCUUCACCGGUGAGAAGUCCUCGGCGGAGUCCCAGGCAACGCAGCCGCCUCACCUGCUCCAGACCACCACAAUGCCGCCAUCGGCUCCUCUCGAAGCGCAAACCUCUGAGUGCACCGGGACCCCAGCCAACGAUGCUGCGUGGCGGGAGCCCGGAGGCUGCCCGAUCGGCCCCGGCCGCCUGCGCGCCCCGCUUCGUUCCAGCGCCCAUGGAGCUCCGCCGGGGCUUUGCUCGGCUGCUGCCGCGCUGGUGACCCAGCGGGGAGGGGGCGCGGAGGGGCAGGGCCGGUCCACCCUCGGCGCCUCUGCCUUUGUCUGCUCGGUACAUCGCCUUCCCUCCUCUUUCUCCCAUGCAGAGGCCGGACGGGACCGCGUUCACUCGCAGCCGGACACCAGCAGCCCCGGCAUGACCUCUGGGAACGGGAACUCUGCCUCCACCGUCGCCGGCGCCGCCCCCCAAAACGGUGAGAACAAGCCGCCCCAAGCCGUCGUGAAGCCGCAGAUCUUGACCCACGUCAUCGAGGGGUUUGUGAUCCAGGAAGGGGCCGAGCCGUUCCCGGUGGGGCGCUCCUCCCUGCUCGUGGGGAACCUCAAGAAGAAAUAUGCCCAAGGCCUCCUGGCCGAGAAACCCCAGCAGCAAGACAACGCGACCACCACAGACUCUGAAAUGGAGGAACCCUAUUUGCAAGAAUCCAAAGAGGAGGGGUCACCCCCGAAGCUGAAGUGUGAACUCUGCGGCCGCCUGGACUUUGCAUACAAGUUCAAGCGCUCCAAGCGCUUCUGCUCGAUGGCAUGCGCCAAGAGGUACAACGUGGGGUGUACAAAAAGAGUGGGGCUCUUCCACCCCGACCGCAGCAAGCUUCAGAAACCCAGCACACCAUCGCACGGCCGGCGCCGGACCUGCAAGAGCGCCCUUCCCCCUCUCAGCAAAGAAAACAAAAAGCAGGCCCCGGCCUCCCUGACCCCCGGUUCCGGGCCCAUCUCCGUCACCGGCUCGCUGCAGCUGAGCCACACGCAGGAGGACUCUAGCCGCUGCUCGGACAACUCGAGCUACGAGGAGCCCCUCUCCCCUCUCUCGGCCAGCUCGUCCGCCUCUCGCCGGCGCCAGGGGGAGCGGGACAUGGAAUUGCCUGAUAUGCACGUCCGGGACCUGGUGGGUAUCGGGCACCAUUUCUUGCCCAGCGAGCCCACCAAGUGGAAUGUGGAAGACGUCUACGAGUUCAUCCGCUCCUUGCCGGGUUGCCAAGAGAUCGCUGAGGAAUUCCGUGCGCAAGAGAUCGACGGGCAGGCGCUGCUUCUGCUCAAGGAGGACCACCUCAUGAGCGCCAUGAACAUCAAGCUGGGCCCCGCCCUCAAAAUCUACGCUCGCAUCUGCAUGCUGAAGGACUCCUAGAAGCGUCCAGCCUGUCGUGCCUUCUUUGCAGGGAUGCUUUA